AUGCGCUCUAAACGAACAUUUAUCGAAGAAUUUGCAUCACGGGAAGACCCGUCAGUGUUCAUUCGGAAUCUCGUACUCCGACCCGGACGUACUCCGACCGCGGAUGAGAUCAUCAAACGAGGUCUUUUGGGCUACACUAAGCGCAAGGCUUCCGGUGAGAAAUUCCUUCUUCCACCGGUGCGGCCGACGGAUGCCAACAAAAAGUGCCUUAUCAUCGACCUCGAUGAGACGCUGGUCCAUUCCUCUUUCAAGCCGGUCAAGAAUCCGGACUUUGUGAUUCCGGUUGAGAUCGACGGCAUCGUGCAUCAGGUGUACGUGCUAAAGCGACCAUAUGUGGACGAGUUUCUCGCUCGAAUUGGCGAUCGAUACGAGUGUGUGCUCUUCACAGCCAGUCUUGCCAAGUACGCCGACCCUGUCGCUGAUCUUCUCGACAAGCGCGGGGUGUUUCGAUCUCGAUUGUUCCGAGAGGCGUGCGUCUCUCACAAAGGGAACUACGUCAAGGAUUUGGCGAGGCUUGGUAGGGAUCUAAGUAAAGUGCUGAUUAUUGACAACUCGCCAGCUAGUUAUUCGUUUCAUCCGGAAAAUGCGAUUCCGGUUCCGACGUGGUGGGACGAUCCAUCGGACGUCGAACUGCUCGACAUUCUUCCACUUUUGGAACGCCUCGAAAAAGCCGAAUCAAUAUACGAGGUUCUGAAACACGAAGAUGCACCGUCAGAGCCGUUGUUAGAGCGACCACAAUGA